GCCCCGUAGUCAGGUGCUGGCCGCCGGCCCGGCCUGGCCCGGCAGAGGAGCUGGGCUUGGGUGCCGGUGACCUUGGGGAAGUAGCGUUUCCUCCCGCGCUCGGGAGCCUCCUCGAGAGAUGCUUUUGAUUUGGAGGAGGGACGACGUGGGGCCGGUUCACGUGGUGCCUGUGCGCUCUCCUGGCCGCGUCCUGCUCCGAGGGAAGGGACUCGGGGCGGGAGUUACUUGGGACUCGUGGCGCGCCCGCCCCGGCCGCCCGGGCCAGCCAAUCCUUGCCUCACCUGGUGACUUGCGAGAGUGGUGUGGGAGCCGCAGCCCCCGCCGCCGAGACGUGACCGCAGGGCUCCCGCGGACUUGGCGGAGGGUCGGGACUGGUGCCGACGAGGACUCUUUGUCAUUCAACCUGUGGCUGCUGAACGUCGGCUGCAGCGCCCUCGCGCUCCGGGGCUCGAAGGCGGCCCUGCAGCGAGCAAUCUGAAGGGGAGCCUUACACUCGCUCAGAUGCACGGCGUUUUGUUCCAAAAGUUAUUCCGGUUUCGAAAUAAAAUGCGUACACGUCAGUGCCCUGGCAAAACAAAUGUGGGCUUAGUAACUACUGGAAUGCCAUUAUAGGGUGAACUCUGAAUUGUGUGAGAGUUUGGAAGAGUAUGAGUAGGAAUUAGGCGUUAAUAAACAAUGUCAAUGUCGUUUACCAGAACUGCAGUGAAUUAGAGACUACGUAUCUUCUCUUUUUUCGUUUGGCAUUCAGUAGUACCCAUAAGUCCAAGUCUUAGCCCUGAUGUAUGACUUUGCCUUCAGAUUGCCAUAGAAAAUAUCGGGAAUUCAAGACAUCUAGCCUUUAAUAUAGGUAUUUGGAUUUGAACUGCACUUUGGAAUUCAUCUACACUUAAAAUGCCACCAGCAGUUGGAGGUCCAGUUGGAUACACUCCCCCAGAUGGAGGCUGGGGGUGGGCAGUAGUAGUUGGAGCUUUCAUUUCCAUUGGAUUCUCUUAUGCAUUUCCCAAAUCCAUUACUGUGUUCUUCAAAGAAAUUGAAAGUAUAUUCAGUGCCACCACCAGUGAAGUGUCAUGGAUAUCCUCAAUCAUGUUGGCUGUCAUGUAUGGUGGAGGUCCCAUCAGCAGUAUCCUGGUAAAUAAAUAUGGCAGUCGUCCAAUCAUGAUUGUUGGUGGAUGCUUGUCAGGCUGUGGCUUGAUUGCAGCUUCUUUCUGUAAUACUGUUCAAGAACUUUAUUUAUGUAUUGGAGUCAUUGGAGGUCUCGGGCUUGCCUUCAACUUGAAUCCAGCUCUGACCAUGAUUGGCAAGUAUUUCUACAAGAGGCGACCGCUGGCAAAUGGACUGGCCAUGGCAGGCAGCCCUGUGUUCCUCUCUACUCUGGCUCCCCUCAAUCAGGCUUUCUUUGGUAUCUUUGGCUGGAGGGGAAGCUUUUUAAUUCUUGGGGGCCUCCUACUAAACUGCUGUGUAGCUGGAGCCCUGAUGCGACCAAUAGGGCCGCCACCAACCAGUGCAGGGAAAGAUAGGUCUAAAGAAUCCCUUCAGGAAGCUGAAAAAUCUGACGAGAAAAAGGGAGGUGAUGCAAAUACAGAUCUUAUUGGAGGAAACCGCAAGGAAGAGAAAGGAUCAAUCUUCCAAACAAUUAAUAAAUUCCUGGACUUAUCUCUGUUCACACACAGAGGCUUUUUGCUAUAUCUCUCCGGAAAUGUGCUCAUGUUUUUUGGACUGUUUACUCCUUUGGUCUUUCUUAGUAAUUAUGGCAAGAGUCAACAUUACUCUAGUGAGAAGUCUGCCUUCCUUCUUUCCAUUCUGGCUUUUGUUGACAUGGUAGCUAGACCUUCUAUGGGACUUGUAGCCAACACCAAGUGGAUAAGACCUCGAGUUCAGUAUUUUUUUGCAGCUUCUAUUGUUGCAAAUGGAGUGUGUCAUCUGCUAGCACCUUUAUCCUCCAGCUACAUUGGGUUCUGUGUCUAUGCGGGCUUCUUUGGAUUUGCGUUUGGAUGGCUCAGCUCAGUGUUGUUUGAAACACUGAUGGACCUCGUUGGACCUCAGAGGUUCUCCAGCGCCGUGGGACUGGUGACCAUUGUGGAAUGCUGUCCUGUCCUCCUGGGGCCACCACUUUUAGGUCGUCUGAAUGACAUCUAUGGAGACUACAAAUACACCUACUGGGCAUGUGGUGUGAUCCUAAUUAUCGCAGGCAUCUACCUCUUCAUUGGCAUGGGCAUCAAUUAUCAACUUGUGGCAAAAGAGCAGAAAGCAGAAAAGCAGCAGAAAAAGGAAAGUAAAGAAGAGGAGACCAGUGUAGAUGCUGCUGAGAAGCCAAAAGAAUAUGCAUCAGAAUCUGCAGAGCAGAAAGACACAGAAGGAAGUCCCAAAGAGGAGGAGAGUCCAGUCUAAACCUGUGAGGCCUGAGGGUCAGUGCAGCAGCCGUGAUCAAGAUACCUGUAAAUAUCUACUGGCCUGUAAUCCAGCAGUGGUGCUCAUUGCCAAUAGUGGACAUGUGUGGGAAUCAUAUCAGGUGUUCAUUGAUGGAAUUUUUGUUUCACUCCUUACCAGUAGCCUGAAUUAAAAAUGCCAUACCUGUGGGGAGGGAGUGAUUGGCAAAGAAUGAGAGAAGGAAGUAGUGUGGGGUUUUUUUGUUUGUUUUUUUAAAUCCUAGCUUUUAACGGUGUCCAAAAGAUUAUAAUAUGUGCCUUAAGUUUUAGUCUUUAGAACUCUUUAGGGAGCCUUAACUUUUUAAACCAUUCUGCUGAAUUCAUCUAUUUUAGGUGUUAGGUUAAUAAGGAAAAAUAACAACUAACUUGUUUGAGGCAAAUCUAAAAUUUAAAAUUAACCUUCAUUGUUAUUUGUAUUAUCGUGUCAGACAUCAUCACUGGAAGAUUUGUGAAUAGAAAUAUUGGUUGGAAGUUGGGAUUAUAAAAUCCUGACUGAAAUAUUUUCCUCUCAUCAGUAGUUGCCUAGCAUCGUGCCUGCUAGCUAUAUAUUUAGGAAAUUUAAGGCGCAAAACUUUGGAAACAUCUUAGCUGUUCUAGACACAUUGUACUUGUCAGCACCCCUCUGGAAUCUUUUCUUGGGAUGCUAAUAUUAUUAGUGCUUGAGAAUGUAUAUCAUUAAAUUACUAUUUUCUCUUUUCAAAGACCUUUUGAGUGGCUAUAAACCAUUGCCCCCUUUGAAAUCACUUAGUAUUUUUCACUGUAAAAGUUAAUUUUAAAAUAUGCAAAACCAUAUAUUUGUGCCUCUGUAGUGAAUACAACACAUCUAGUUAAAUGUAGAUAAAUAUUUCAGACAGCAGCGGAAUUCAGCUUCAGUUUUACCAAAACCUCAGUUAAACUGUGAGACUUAGAUUUUUUGUUGUUGAUUUUCCUGGAAUUCUCCCCCAUUAAUUCAUAGUGGUUCCAUUUAUAUCUGGGUCUAGCUUAGAGCUGUGUGUGAAAUAUUCAAUCUUUGUGUGUUUUUGUUGUUUUUUUUUUUUUUUUUUUUUUUUAAUGUUUGCUAAUUAAAGCCAGAGCAAUUUGGCGCCAGGCAAACCAACAAAGAUAAGAUUGGGAGGGAAGUUGCUCCUUUUCUUUUUCUGAGAAGGCCUGGAAAAAAAUUAGGUCUUGCUUAUAAUUAUUGGACACAUUCUUACUACUCCACACAAACAUAAAGAUAUUGUGACCCUUUUUACUUAUUUGAAAAGUAGAGAAGUGGGCUUAGGAGAAGGAUAGGGAGAUUGGACCAGAAUGAAAUCUGUAAAUAUUUUUUAAACUAGUAUCUUUUAAAAUGCACAAGAAGAUAAUGAUAGACACUCAGUAAAUUAUAUUCAGUGCAUUUUAAAAUAUCAUUGUAAUUGAAACAGUGAAAGUAUAGGUAUAAAACCUUUUGUGUAAAAGGCUGGCUUUUCCAAAUAAACUUUUUUUUUUCUUUUUUUAAAGAAAUGUUUCUCCCUCCAAAUGUUUAUUCUCUUGAGAAAAUAUUUGUGUCUUCAUUAUCAAAUUAAUUUGGCCCUUGCUAAUAUUAAAUCAUUCAGCUUAUAUACUGUGGGAACUGUGUAUAUGGCUUAUUUUUAUUUUUCUUUGUUCCUCCUUGAAGUCCAGGAAGAGGGGGAUUUUGAAAUCACCUCUCUGAAAGCAUCCAAAGCAGUUAACCUUAAGGAUACAAUGAAAAUUCCUUUCUAUGCCUGAAUGUCAUGGCAGAUGGAGAAGGAAUUUUAGGGGAGAAGCCUGCUGUGACUGUUGGCAGGCUUGGCUCCACUUGGGAUUCUGCCGUUUUCCAUAGACCAAAGCCCAUAACCUUUAUGUGCCUCUCUCCCCUUCCACAAAAAUGAGGAUCGCUGUCCAUGAGGUAAUAUAAGUAAAGGAAAUGGGAAAGGGGCAUGGGGUGGAGGAGGAGAAGUACAGGAUUAUUUUUCCUUGUAGGAGAGGAAAACUUUUCCCUUCUUUCUCAGUUCUUUGGAUGGCCUAAUAAUUAAACUGACAUAAGACAGGUAAGAUAGGAGAAAAUUUUCAUUUCAUACAUACAGGAACUUCACAGAGACACGAGAAGGCCAAAAACCGGCAACUGAGGUUUACAAGCCAUCUGAAGCUAAGGAGAGGAGGGGGGCAGGGGUCUGCGGCUUCACAAGGAAUAAAGACAAUUUACAGGAAGAUGGGAAGAGCAAAUAUUUGGUGAACCAUGCCAGGCAGAGAAGUCUUCUGUAAAAAAAAAUUUUUUUAAUUAUCCUUUGUAAUACCUCUCUUCCUGGUACGGGCUCCCUACCUAAAUUCUUCUAGGCAGUUAGUUACAGGGGAGGUAAAAAGCUCUUCUUCAGUCUGUUAGGCAUUUGACUGCCUUUAGCUCAAAUAACCCACAUGUCCAAGUGGCACAUUUUGAGGCAGCCCUGUCCUGAACCCCAUCACCCCCAUCCCCAUUGUUGAGCUAUGUCCAUACCUAAGACCCUGCUUAAUCUUUAUUCAAUAGUUGAAUAAAGUGAAGGGUUAAAAACUGAUUCAAAGCUGGAAUUAAGCCUUCUAUUGACCGCAGUCCAACCCUGACUUUUUCCCCUGAAGAGGCAGGAUUAAAGUAUUAUUCAGGAUCAGUUUUGGUAACAGCCAACACUAAAACCCAAUAUAGGCCCACUGUGUGCCAUCUAUUUCUUGUUAACAAGGAAUUGUUGGUUAUGUUCAACAAUGGAAAGGUGGGUGGACCUUCUGAUCCAAUCUAUUGUCCUUUACUCCAAUCUAUUGUCCUUUACUCCACACGAGGACUAAAUUCUCUUCCAAUUCACACAGUGUCAGUGACUGCUUUGGAAACACAGAUGUAUGCAAAGAGCACCCGCCAGCUUUGUUUUCUCUCUGUCCCACAUCUUCCAUAAGUCACAGGGCCUAAAAAAAGGGCUUGGCAUACUUCAAGAGUAUACUCUGAAACAGGCUCCCAAGCCAAAGCUGGAAAACUACUUAAACUGAUAGGCUGGACAACUACAGAUGAUCAUAGUGACAAGACUGUAUUAUUUUGCUGUAGUGCAGUCUGCUGAUGAUUUACCUUAACUAGUUAUAAAUUCUACAAAAUAUUCAGGAAAGCAUGGUGGUAAAAACAAAUUAUGGAAAAUUCAGAGGUGUUUUUAUCCCUAUUUAAUCACAUUGGUAACUAAUCUGAAUUCUUGGGUUGUCUGAAUUUAGUUUAUGUUUGUACCAUAGAUACAUAUGUCAAUAUUAAUCCUGUAUUUUAAAAAGGAAAAAAGUUUGUUAAAAGCCAUUUAAUAUUUUUGUAUGAACCAGUGUUUUACUGUAUUGAAUUUUAGAUUGAUAAAAUGGGUAUUGAUUUGUAUGAAAAACCUAAAUGUCUGGGUUUUACCCAGCAAAUGGUUCACAAACCUAAUAAUCAGGUCCCCCCACCCCCAUUUUGCUCGGAAAGAUGAGGAAAAGUGAACCAUAAAUUUCCACCUUUGCAACAUGGCUUGUCUUAAUAAUAAUCAGGUCAGGCAUUUGCCUAGAAGAGAUGAAGAAAGAGGUUAAUGACAGACUUGUGUCGAUAUGAAAAUUCUUUCAGUUCUUGACAGGAAGGGACAGCCCAAGCUUGCUUGGCUUGCCCAGAUGUAAGCAAUUAAGCCAAGUUGCUUCAGAGUUUAGAAGCAUUUAGGGGGUUUCAAGUAUGUACUUGAAACACAUUUCUGAAAUGUGUUCUAGCUUUAGCAUUUUAGAUUCAGUGACCCCUUUUUCCCCCCAUUCAGUCAGGGCCGUAGUGACAGAACCAUUCAAAUGACAGUGAUUGGAAAAGGUACCAUGUCUGUGUGUGGAUUAUCUUUUUCUUGAGCUGAACAGCACCGAUUUACUUCAUUUUGCUGACUUUUACCCUGACUUGCCUGGGGGAGACUGGGAUAGCUAGCAGUGGAAUCCCAGCCAGCUGGUUGCUUAACCGUAUAGGCCACCUGGGUUCAAACAGGCUGUGUGACCUCAAACAAGUUACUUAGUCUUCAUAAGCAUCAGGUUUUUUCUUUUGUAAGGUGUUAAUAAUUAGUACCAACCCACCCCCAGGGUUAUCAGGAAGUUUAGUUGAUAUGUGACAGCUUGUUAAAUAAGAGCUUCAUAAGUGUAAAUACCGGACUAUAAAAAAAGUCAAAAUUAAUACAUGGGGGUAAAAAUGAGCUCUUCGAAUUCUCCAGAGGGAUCAUUACUUAGGAUAGUUUGGAAAUGACUUUUAAAGAUAAUAGUAGCUAAAUUUGGGGCACCAGGCUGGUUCAGUCAAUAGAGCAUGGAAUGCUUGCUCUCAGGGUUGUGAGUUGGAAGCCCCACAUUGGGUGUAGAGCCGACUUUAAAAAUAAAGAAUAUUAGCGAAAUUAUCAAAUUCUUUUGAUCAGAUCCUCCUUUUACUCUUACAAAUAUAAUGGUCUUUGGUAAAUUGAGUGGAUGAAAUGAACAGUUUAUGAGGAUGGUACAUACGUGUCCAGCUCUUUGAGCAAGAGAGAUGUGAAUCCCAAAACCCUUGCUCCUGCUGCUCUAACAGUGCACUAUCUCCAAGGAAGAGAGGACCAACUAGGUGCAGAAAAACAUUUCCUCUCAAAGAAAUAUAACUAGCAGCCAAUCAUGAUUAAAGUUGUCUCUAGCAAUGUGCUUAAAUGCAAAUUGAAAACCUCAUGAUGUUUUUUCAAUACUACGUUGAUAAUAUGAUUUAAAUUAUAAGUUAUCAGUUGGUGGCUGAAUAAAUUGGUAUUUAA